UGAGCACUUGAGAAUAGAAAUUGAAUACAGAUUUAUUCAACUAAUUAUUUUUCGAUAUGUACCAAACAAUUUAUUUUUACAUUAUUCAACAGUUAUUAUUAUUUACCGCGAGGGUAGAGCCAUUAAGCGGUCAAGAAAUCGUAGCAGCUAAUAAUCUAGAUAUUUCUUUCAUGGCAUCUAUUCAAAAUACCACUGGAUACCACAUCUGUUCAGGAGUACUUGUCACGUUCCAAUAUGUUUUGACAAUUUUGAAUUGCCUACAAGGUAAACCUGUAAAUUAUUUUCGAAUUGCAUUUGGAAUGACCGAUUUACAACACCUUCUACCGUGUGGAAUAAACGCAUGGUACAGCUACUAUACGUGGGCUGCUGGACAAAAUUUGUCGGAUAUAAGGGAUGAGAAUGAUAUUGCUCUGAUAAAAUUAUCAAUCGAACCUAUGAAUGGUGUCCCCAUUCGUUUAACCCAAUGGAAUAAGCAACAACUCCAAGGAAAAACGGCGAUGAUUUUAGGAUGGACUCGACUUCAAAAUUCUGAUCAACUGACAAAAGGAAUCGUAAAUAUUUUGAAGGAUGAAGACUGUUCAAAGAUGAUGAAUCGAAUAACUAAUAGAAAUCAUACUAUAAGUUCAAAAAUAAUAUGUACUUUUGCUGAACCUUAUGUUUUAUUAGAGAAAAGAGAUGUUGGAGGACCAUUGUUAGAUCAAGAUGGAAACCUGUUGGGUAUUAAUUUAUACAGUGGUCCGAGAAGUUAUCUUUCUUGGGGCGAUUUCACCAACGACUUCAUACAAAAAUAUCAAGUGAAUCAUCAUUCUGCCCUCACUUAUCUAAACUUUCAACGUUUUAUUAGACACAUAUCGAUGCAUUACUAAACAAUAAUGUUUUCUGUAAAAACGCUCUUAUAAGCCGAGUGUCACGAUGUUUAGCAAUAAAAGUUGAUUAUAUGAAGUGAAUAUGUGACGGCUCGCGUACUUUAACAGAUCUUUAUUUGUUGAACAAACUGUUUUUGAUCGAAAGUAUUAUUGAACUUAUUGAAAAAGAUCAAUCAAUGUGUCAAUGAUCAAUGAAGAAAAGUAUGAAAAACCUGACCGAAGGAAAGUUGGAUACAAUA